AUGGGCAAUGGCCAGUUGGUCCGUAGGGCUCAGGAGAUCAUAUCCGACCUGUCCACCCAUGAUCUCCGGAACUACACGAGAAUCUGCAGCUUGGUGCCUGAGUUCCCAGAUAGGUACAAGAGCCAGCGGCGCUUUGACAAGUUCCGUGUGCGAAAGGGGGCCACGCACCCGGUCUGGGCCGUGGCCAUUGCGGAGGUGAACAUGAUGAUGGCCGCGGCCACUGCCGAUCAUGAGGUUCACCUAUGGGACCUGGAAGACAUGGAGCUUUUAGUUUCGCUCAAGGGCCACUCAGAUCAAGUGUGGGAAGUCAAGUUCUCCACCAAUGAGACCACCUUGGCCUCCGGGAGCAGCGACAAGACCAUCCGCCUUUGGGACGCCCAAGACGGGAGUCCGCUGGGCGUGCUUCGAGGCCACGAGGCUGCGAUCAGGUGCUUGAGUUUCUCCUUCGCGGGUUACUUGAUCUCCGGGGACCAGGACUCCAACAUGUUUUUGUGGGAAGCUGAAAACGCGUCGCCCAUCAAGAAGUGGAAAGCCCACCAGGGUGCAGUCCACAGCGUGGCUUUCUCUGCAGCCGAGCCUUUGCUCGCAUUGUCAGUUGGUGCAGAUGGUUCCGUGGCAUCUUGGUACGUGAAGCGGGAGGAUGACGACAUGAUCCUUGGAGGGCGGUUUGCAGGUGGCGAUGGCGGAGCGGUGCUCAGCCUCGCAUGCCAUCCCGUCUAUCCGGGCAUCACGGCGGUGGGCAAUCAGGAUGGCGGCGUGUGGAUCUGGGACUUUACCCCCGACUUCCAGCGAGGCACGGUGGAGGUGACAGGCCACCAGCGGCUGCGAGGCCACACAGAAGCCGUUUGGUUCCUGGAAUUCUCACGAGAUGCCUGCCUGCUUGCAUCCGGAUCUGCAGAUUGCACCGUUCGGGUGUGGGACACUUCGUCCAUUACCGUCCCUUCUUUGCUGGCAGUUUUCAAGGCUCAUGAUUCGUGGGUGAAGCAGGUCCGCUGGCUCAACCAGCCAGGCAAAGGCCGCGGGAAGAAGAGGCUCCUGGUGACAUGCUCCACUGACGGCCGGAUAGCAGUUUGGGCACCGCCUGGACGCUUGCGGAAGAUCAACAAGCUGGAGGACGCCCCAUCCCUGAGCCAGAAGCUCCACGUCCACAUGGAUCCGGCAGCUGAGGCCAACAGCGAGCUGAUCCCCUUCACAGGCGACGCCGGUCCCGGCAACGACGCCACACAGCCUUCGCUGCCGGCCCCAGAGCCUGCACCGCAGCUGGCCUUGCCUCCGGUGCACACCGAGCCUUCGAAGGCUCCGAAGGCCCCGAAGCUCCCGAAGGCUCUCGCCAACAGCGCUCCCAGUGGUUCUGCGCCUCCUGGCGCGCCUGGCGCACCGGGCGCACCUCCCCCACCCGCGGCGACUGCGGCUCCGCGAGGAGCAGCGCUGGGCCCUGUGAAUGAAGGCGUCCGUUUAGGGUCGACCCUGACCUCUUUGAAGUCCGUGAAGUCCGCAUCGACGCUCGCGUGA